AUGGCUGCUUCCGUCGCCUCUUCCUCCGCCACCAUUUUAGCGAAUCAAGGGGCUCAGUCAUUCGCGCGCGCAGUUCCAUCGUCGAAGACCUUAUUCGGCUCCUCCCUGCGCGCCAAUCGCGUGCCUCUGCCACGUGUCACGUCGCGAGGGAUUCACGGCAAGGCUAGGCUGGCAGCAAUGACUCAGGCAAAGAUCGCAGCAGCGGCAGCUGCGGCCACGGAGCCUCUGAGUGCGGGAUCGCCGCCUCCUGCCUUGUUUGACGGCACCACGCGUCUAUACCACUACAAGGCAUGUCCCUUUGCUCAGCGGGCGGUGAUUGCUGUCAACUACAAGGGUCUUGACUUCAUUGAGCGAGUGGAGAUCAGUCUUCGCAGCAAACCUGAAUGGUACACGGAAAAGGUGUAUCCGCCAGGCAAGGUGCCUUCUAUGGAGCAUGACGGGAAGGUGGUGGGGGAGAGCUUAGACCUGCUUCUGCUGAUUGAUGAGUGGUUCGGCGACAAGGGACCGAGAAUCGUGCCUAAGGACCCUGCCCUGGCAGCAGAGGCAUCAGCGCUUGUAGCAGCGUGCGGGGACUUGAUGAUGGCUGGAUACUCUACCCUAUCCCAGCUUUAUCAGACGGGUGGCGAGACGGAGGUGGAGGCUGCAAUGGGUUCGCAUCUGGACUCCAUUGAGGCGAGCCUGGGCAAGCACCAAGCAAAUGGGCCAUUUUUUCUAGGAAGCUUCUCAUACGUGGACAUCGCGUAUCUGCCAUUCCUGGAGCGAUUCAAGAUCGCCUUUGAGCAUUUCUGCCACACUGACAUCACCAAGGGCCGGCCGAACCUGCAGCGCUGGUUCGAGGCAGCAGCAACCAUCCAGGCAUACACAGACACAUGCAUGGAGCGAGAUGUGACCAUCAGCACCUACCAACAGAUGCUGGAUAACAAGUACUUUGAGAGAGCAGGGGUGGUAAAGUCAACAUCAGCUACCACGCCAGCUGCUCCCGCUGAAACAUAG